AUGGUGUCAAGCACUCAAUAUCAAUUCUUCAAGGAUUGUCUCGCUCGUCGAAUUAUUUCCCAGUCUAUCCCUACAGACUCAAAUGAGGACACAUCUCAAUUAAAUGAAUUCUCAUCCUUCCUUUCUCUCGAGGUCUGGCCAUGUCUUCCAUCCAGCAUCUGCGAAGUCUCAUUUGAAACUCGGGAAAGGCUUCCUGAUCUUGACGCCAUAACACUAGACAACAUUCCUGUGCCCUUCUCCGACAGCCUCAUCCUGUACGGGCUGUGCGAUGACUGGGAUGCGGCCAGGGAGUUUCUGCGAAAGGUUUUACUAGACUACGUUAAAGAGGCAUGUGCCCCUCCACCUGUGUGGUCCGCUACGAGGACGAUAGAAUGUGAGAUGUGCGAGCGCGAGAUUCCCUUGACCUAUCACCACCUCAUACCUCGCUCGACUCAUACCAAGGUGCUUAAGAAAAGAUGGCACCCGGAGUCGAUGCUGAAUGCCGUUGCAUGGCUGUGUCGGCCCUGCCACAAUGCAGUGCAUCACGUCGCAACCAACGAAGAGCUAGCUCGCAGAUUCUAUACAAUGCAACUGUUACUUGAGCGGGACGACCUGCAGAGAUGGAGGCAAUAUGCUGCCAAACAACGAUUUGGGGUAAAGCGGGGAUAG